AUGGCGACAAUCCGAGGCGAGUCGCCGGGGCACAAAUUUAUUGACUUUGCAAUGCGAUCAAAAUAUAAGGAGGGGGGGCUGGUAGAAUUCAAGCGACACGACCAUCGGACGAACCAGGAUAGCAACCAUAGCAAGGCGGCAAACUAUUUACGGAAGUGCCAAGUAAACAAAAUAGGGGCGAGGAGGAUGCAAGAAAGUGAGGUGACGCGUUCGUAA